CGGACCAGGCUGGGUGCCCGAGGGUCGUCGAGGCCUGGCUGGAGAGGAUCGGAGACGGCGUCGCUGCCUUGCUUGAGGGGUCUGAAGGAAUGUUGCCGUCAGGAGUAGAGGUGGUCCGGAGAAGGGCGCCCGUGCCCGGCGUUGAUGGGAUCUAAGGGGGCGUCGUUGUUUAGUUUACGGACAUCUGUGACUGUUUUGAUGUUAGGGAAUUUCAGAGGCAUAGUGCCAAGCGAAUGAGGGGUCUUUGCGACGGCAGUUAGGCCAUGUGGAUUGGGGGCUGUGACUGGAUAGUGGUGCCAGGCUGGGUCAUGUGGGGCGCAUUCGUGUCCCCCUGUGGGGCAUGUCUCUGAGGCAGCGAUUCCGUGUGUAUGUCUGCGUGUUGGGGUGUAUAACGGGAAUUGAGCUGGACUGUGGGGGAGGGCGGCUGAGGAUAUUUAUUUCAAGCUGGGCAGGGACAAGUUCUGAGGGCAUCUUAGCUGCAAUUUUUAAUGGGUAAGGGAUGGCGCCUUUAGUGGUGGUUGGAGGCAGGACUCUUGGAAGGCAGGUGGGAUGAAGUAGACUGGGACCCCUCGGAAGGAAGGGCACAGAAGAGUUAUAACAAGCUCUUGCUCUUAGGCUGGCCUCCCUGGGAGAGCAAGUCACUGAUGCUGAUCUGGGCCAGCUCAGAGCUUUUGAGCAAAGGGUGGUGCUGAUGCCAAUAUGGGUAGCAAGUGGAGCACCCCAGCUUUUCUUGCUGGGUGGCUUGCUUUUUACCCAGGCAGAAGAGCUUGCUUGUGCUGACUCCAGUUCUGGCUGGCAUUUCGAAACCCUAAUGGGAGUGUUACUCCUGGUGCCAAGUUGGGUGGGGUGCAGUAGGGGGAAUUACCCCUCCUUCCCUUGCAUUUGGCAAGGCUUUACCAUUCUAUUUUCUUCACCUUCUGUUCCCUUCACUCCUUUUUCAGAAAGGCAUGUACACGUACAGAGACAGAAUCUAUACAGUUUAGUGUUUGAACUUAGUGUUGUGACCAAGAGUAGGAGCAGAGUGCCAGCAAAAAUACUUAUCCUUUCCCUAGGAGUUUUUGGGCUGCCAUGUCACAUAUGCAUGCAUCCUGUUUUGCCCAUUAGUAUUCUCUAUUUUUUAAUGAGUGAAAUCUACAUAAUAUUAACCAUGUAAAGUAUACAAUUCAGUGGCCUUUAUUACAUUCAGAGUGUUGUACAACCACCAGCUCUAAUUCCAGACAUUUUCCCUACCUCCCCCCCACAAAAAAAAAAAAAAACACCCACACCCAUUGAACAAUUACUUUCCAUUUCCACCUACCCACCCCAACAACCCCUGGCAACUACCUGUAUGCUUUCUAUCUCUGUGGAUUUACCUAUUGUGGGUAUUUCAUAUAAACAACCCUAUAGUCCAUGACUUUGUCUUGGGCCUUUUCACGUAGCAUGUUUUUGAAGUUCAUCCACAUUGUCGCAUGUAUCAGUACUUCAUUUAUGGCUGAAUACUAUUCCACUGUUUGUAUUUACUGCAGUUUAUCUGUUGAAGUAUCCUCUGUUUUUUUCCUCAGGUUAUAAGUAUAUUAGAAAUAUCAUGCGGAAGAAAGAGAACUCAUUUUUUGCCCCAUGGAUUCCUUUCCUGGGGCUGUGAUCCUUCGGUUUUACGCUUUGUUGGGGUUCUUUGUUUUCUCAGUUAAAAUCAUAAACUGGAAGGAGAAAUAAAUUUUCUUGGUCUUUUAAAAAAGUUAUAAUCCUCAGGACUGGUAAAGUUAAGAACAAAGUAUAGAAUGAUAAUAAUAAGCCAAACCAGUUGCCACUGAGUCAUUUUUGACUCGUGGUGCCCUAUGUGUGUCAGAGCAGAACUGCGCCAGAGAGUUUGCAAUAGCUGAUUUUUUGGAAGUAGGUCACCAGGUCUUUCCUCAGAGGUGCCUCUGAAUAGACUCGAGCUGUUGCUCUUCCUUUGCAUGUGUAUUUCUGUAAAUAUCUCUUAAAGAUGUUGGUUCCCAAUAAUCAAUAAAUAAUAUUGCUAGAAGGUUGGUUUAGGAAUAUGGCUUGGCUUUCCAAGGCAGCUCGGCCGGUGCCCUGGCCUGUGGACUGCAGCACCUGAAGGGAGAGCUGUGGUGGGGCUCAGAGUUGAUGGUGGGAACCAGAUUCACUUCUUCAGCAGGAGGAAGGAUGGAAAAUGGAGGUUCCUACCACAUCAUGGGAAACCCUGGUGGCAUAGUGGUUAAGCGCUACGCCUGCUAACCAAAGGGUCGGCAGUUUGAAUCUGCCAGGUGCUCCUUGGAAACUCUGGGGCAGUCCUACUCUGUCCUAUAGGGUCGCUAUGAGUCGGAAUCGACUCGACGACACAGGGCGUGGUUUUUUUUUGGUACCAGAUCAUGUACGCCUGGGAGGUGGUAAGAGGAUGUGGAAGGGGAUCUUCAACGUCAUGUCCUAAUUGCAGCUUUGUCAGUCACAGGCUGCUUUCUUAUCAUUCCUCUGGCACUUCCAAUUCUUGUUUUGGGGACAGGGUGGCUUUUGUACUUUGUUCCAAUUGGAUGGAUACUAGCAUCGACCAACAGCUAUUACGUGGUUACAGUUCCUGCAGAGAAGGGACAGUUUUUGUAAUGAGUAGCCUCCCUCUUCUGGCCCCCCACAUAUCCUCAUCGCCCCUCCCUUGAUCCCUCCGUCUACCUCCGCCCCCAGCCACACACCCAUAUCUGUUUCUUCAGGAUGUACUAGAUGUCUAUGGUGAGAUUUGCAUUUUGAAUUUUAACCUUUGGAAUGGAAGUUACUAUAUAAUUAUUAACUCCAAAUCUACCACAAUUUAGUCAAUUUUGCAUUUCUUUUUUUGGCUUGUAGAAAUCAGCAAGCAAAAAAAAAAAAAAAAAUCCAGUGACCAUUCCGGCAUAGGACAUACUUCAGGUACUCAUUGCCCUUAUUUCAACAAGUGGCUUCCAGCUGACUCUGGAUUGAGGAGAGCUUGCUGUACUCAUUCCAGUAUCAAAAAUGGUUUGAGUACCUCAGCACAUUGUUUGCCUGAAGUGGUCUUAUCCAGUGCAAUCUUUGUUUUCAAAUAUGUUUAAUACCAGAAAUAGAAGACUUUAGGUGGCUUGUUUCCUCUGUUACCAGUUCCGCACUGAAGCAGCCAUUUCUUGUCAUCCAGGCCCAGGGAAGUUCACCAGCCUAGCUCACUCCUGUGAUCAAGAACUUAGACUUAACUCUCCUGUAGGUUGCUGUGACUCACAGAUGUGAUUUCUUGAACUGAUAAAGAAUAGUCGAGUCUCCAAAAAGUAAGGCCUGAGCGUUUGUCUCUUGCACUUAAGUCAGGAUCAAGGUACAUCGAGUUUCUUUGGAUUGUUGCUUAAAUUUUACCAUAAAAUCUGACUAUAUUGUUUAAAAUAAAGUCUUAGUAAACCAGAAAAAAAAAAGUUGCUAUUGAGUGGGAGCAGAACCGUGCUCCAUAGGGUUUUCAACAGCUGAUACUUUGGAAGUAGAUUGCCGGGCUUUUCUUCCAAGGUGCCUCUGGGUGGACUCAAACCUCCAACCUGUCAGCUAGCAGCUAAACGCAUUAACAGUUUGCAGCACCCAGGGACUGAAGUUUUAGUAGAAAUGUCUUUUUUCCAUAAAGUGGCACAAAUCUGUAGAGACACAGUCCUUACCUUUCUUCUGCCAAGCUUUAAACUUUGAGAUGGAUGGCGCCCCAAUUCCUGCUGGUUUUUUUUUUUACCACACCGCUCAGUAGUAUACGCUUUGCUGCCCCUCACCUUUACUCACUCCUGUUGCCCUGGUUUUCAUCCCAGAAGCCCUAUUCUAUUCCCAUCUCUUUUCUUUUUUUUUUAGUUGAACAGGCUGGGUUUAUUACUUAUUGCAGGGGGAGAGAACUCACACACCAUUGGGAACUGAGGGACAUCUCAGCAAGAGAAUGAGAGAAGGGAUUUAUAGGAUUUGAGUGUGUGUAAGGGGAUUUUGGAAGAGGGUUUAAGGAAGUGAGGCUUUGUCCUGGCUUAGAUGCUGUCUGGAAACAGUUCAAUUUUAUGGUUGAGUAUCUUUUUUUUUUUUUUUUUUUAAUUAAUUUUGUCAUUGUUGGUGAGGUAUUCUUGUUUCUUAUGAAUGACAUUUUCCUUGCAAUCACCCUUAUUCCUUCUUGUAGAAUAGUGGUAUGUGAGACUUUGGGAUCUUAAUCCCUUUUACCUCAUUUUCUUAGUCUAUUUCAUGUCAGUGAGCAUUUGUCUAAAAUCAGUGCCUUCAGUUUAUGCCAGUCCCUUCCAGUAGAAUUGAGCAAACCUCUACUGAAAUGUCCACUCUUUGUAGCAGGGUAUUGCUAGGCCCUGGGAACCCUGGAAUACGUAACAGAAUUCCUAUCCUCAGGUAACUGGCAGUCCUGUAGGGCACAUUUGUACAGUUUUGUAAUUAGUCCCUGGGUGGUGCAAACUUAAUGCGUUCAGCUGCAAACUGACAGUUUGGAGGUUUGAGUCCACCCAGAGGUACCUUGGAAGAAAGGCCUGGCAGUCUACUUCCAAAUUAAAUGUAAUUCAGGGGGAUGAAUACUGUAAUGGAAGUGUAGAUAAAGGGCAUUAGGAACCAUUGACUCUGUCAUGGUGAGGCAGGCUGGGGAUGUAGGGAAAGCUUUGUAGAGGAACAGGCAUUUAGACUGAACUUUGAUGUUUAAGGAUGGGUAGGAUAUCUGUGGACCAGGAAGGAGGAAAAUUUAUCCUUGUGUGGAGAGUGAAAAUGGAGGAUGUGUUUGGAGGUGGUCCAUAGUCUGUGGCUGAAGCGUUGGGUGUGGGUGUGUAGAGGAAAGACCAGUCACUAGAAAAGGACGUCAUGUUUGGUAGAGGGUUGACAAAAAUGAGGGAAAUGCUUCGUGAGAUGGAUUGACACAAUAGCAUGGACAGUGGGCUCAAACAUAUCAAAGAUCAUGGAGAUGGUGCAGGACUGGCAGCCUUUCAUUGUGUUUAUACAUGAGGUUGCCAUGAGUCAGCUCAUACUUGAUGGCAACUAACAACAGCAAUAUUCCCUUGUAUGCAUGUGCCACAUUUUAUUUAUCUAUUCAUCAAUUGAUGGAUAUUUGCACCAGUUCCACUUUUUGGCUAUUAUGAAUAAUGCUAUUAACAUUGGUGUACAAGUUUUUGUGUGGCCAUGUGUUUUCAUUUCUCUUGGGUAUAUACCUAGCAGUGGAAUUCCUGGGUUAUAUUAUUAUGGUGACUCUAUGUUUAACCUUUUUAAGGAACUAUCAAACUAUUUUCCAAAGUGGCAUGAUAUUUAAUUUUAAUUUAAAUCAAAUAGCUACAUAUGGCUAAUGGCUACACAUUGGACAAUGCAGAUCUAAUAGCUUUCUAGCUGUAGGAGUAGGUUGCAGUCUAGCUGAGUGGUAGGGUCGUGGGCUCUGGGGUUAGACAACUAAAUUCUAAACCUUCCUCUUUUGCUUGCUCUCCUUGAGCAAGUUAUUUAACCUCUUUGUGCUUUGGUUUCCCUAUCUGUAAAAUGGUAAUAAUAGUACCAUAUAGGGUUAUCAUGAGGUUAAAAAACAUAAUAUAUACAAAGCUUAGAAACUGAGAUCUGGGGAGUUUGAAAGUGACUUCCUCAUUUCUGUUCUAUAUCUGAGAUUAGGCUUGUCCCUGUGAUCUUUUAUCUACGUAGGUAACUUUUCCUGGUGAACCUGUAUGGUUAGAGGAGUGGUUCUCACCCAGGGACAUUUUUUGCUCCCCCCCCCGCCCCCCCCCGCCAGAAGACAGACAUUUGCCUGUUAUCUGGAGAUGUUUUUGAGAUGCUGUAGGCAUCCAGUGAGGGGAGUCCAGGGAUGCUGGUAAAUUUCCUUCAAUGCAUAGGACAACCCCUCAUAACACAGAAUUGUCCAGCCCAAAAUGUUAGUAGUGCUGAGGUUGAGAAGCCCUGGUUUAGUGGUACCUGCUGUCCCCUUACCAAAAACCAUAAAUCCAAACCUGUUGCCAUCUAGUCGCUUUUGACUCAUGGCGACUCCAUGUGUUAGAGAGUAGACCUGCUCCACAGGGUUUUCUUGGCCGUAAUUUUACGGAAGCAGAUUGCUAGGUCUCUCUUCUUAGGUGCCACUGGGUGGGUUCCAACUGCCAGCCUUUAGGUAGUUAACGGAAACCUUUUACGUCACGCAGGGACCUAUUCCCUUACCAGCUCCUGCUCAUUAGCGUGGAGUUUGAAGUCAGCCUGCCUGUGAAGAGAGAACAUAGUUCUGAAGUGUAUGGAAUCACCUCUGACAACACGUUUUAGGUGGGACAGUUUAAAGCUUGAUACCCUGAAUCUUGGUGAUGCUAAGAUUUGUUGAGAUGUGUUACCAGUCAGCUGUGUUUCGUCAACCAACAUCAAACAUUUGGAAAACACAUUUUUUAGUUGGUGGUUCAGUAAGCAGGUGAUCCUCCCUUAUUCACCCAGUCUUGAACUUUCUUUCCUCUUUCUUUGGUCUGCCCUUGUAGCUUCAUUUUAAGAAUGUGAUUUGUUUUCCCCUCAGUGAAAGCCUCAUGCCUAGUUACUUUCUCAUCUCAGUGUCCUCCGUAGUCCUAUAACCAAUCUGAACUGAGUCACGUUCUUAGAACUUUUUCCCAUUCCUAUUCCAAGUCUUGGCUCCACUGUCAUUUUUGUUUCAUAAAUGUUAGUUUGUUCUCAUGCACACUUAGCCUGUGGAAACCGUUAGGUGUUCUCAGGUUCUACCACAAGUCAGGUGGAAUGUUCUGGACCUCAGGGUGACUAUGUCUAGAAGAGCGUCUUCUUUUUCAGACCCCCAGAAUGCAGUUCAUCAGUGGAUAUUUGGCACUAGCAGGCAACUGCUUAUGGAUGUUAUGAAUACUUUGGAUGGCUUUGGAUUAAAAAUUCCAGUUGCCUAUUGAAUGCCUGACCAUUCAUGUCCCUGAGAGGGCCUCUUCCUUUCUUGCUUUAAUUUGCUAGGAUUAACGCUUGAGGGACCAUCAGGAUACAGGUGGUACAAUGACGUGGGUUCAUUCUUUGUCCCUAUCACCCCAGUUGUGGGAACCACUGGGGCCACUGAUUCCACUUUAACUGUGUAGCCACUGAGUGACAGAGAACAAUGAUGCUAGAUCUCAGGGACAUGUUUACUAGAAAACAUACAACAUCAGGCUGAGGUCUGACUUGUGGGCAACUCCGUUUUGGAUCAUCCUUUGCCAUUCCACUAGGUAGAGCAAGGUCUGGCCAAAAAACUGCAUACAUUACAGAAAGCAUAACAAGUACAAAUAAAUCCAGAACAUUGGGACGUGGGAGGUCAGGAAAGCGGAAACAGAUCUUAUCCUCUUGAAUUCUGUGACUUGUUGAUACAAUCCCGGGCUCUCCUAAUGUGGGAAAUAAAGUGGGUCAUCCUCUCAGAGGUGUAGAUCACCAUCCUUGCCUGGACUGGGCUUUUGGGACACUCCUGCUCACUCAGUUACAUUCCCAUGGCUUUGAUUUAUUUACUCUUGAUUUUCUUCUUUCCACAAUGUCUUCUGUGGGAAAACAGAUGAACUGUGUGUAUCUUCUGUUCCUGGUACCAUCAUUGUAAUCCUCACAGUGCCAAGGCUAAGUUUUGAUUCAAGAUUUCAGGUAUCGUAAAUAAUUACUUGUUUUGGAAGAGGUAAAAAUAAAUGUAAGAAGUUGCAGUAAUAUUGUGGCUUUAGAAGGGUGGGUCCUAGGGUGAAGAAUUAUAAAAACAUGUCUGUUUUGGUUUUUAAAUAUCAAGCAAGACGAAUCUUAUGUUGUAACACUAUUAUUACACAUUCUUCCAGAUCAGAGGCAUGUGUUCAUGGAGAAAAUAUUCAUGUUUUUCAAAAUUCUACAUGCUGCUUUUUUUGUUCACCAUUUCCUAAUUUACCUUCCACGUCUAAAAUUCCACCUGGCAGUUUCACUCCAGUGUAUUAAAAACCAACCAAACACAGAAACAACCCCCCAGAAAACAGCUUAACAGCUUAGUCUAUUGAUUGAAUGUAAAUAUUUUUCUCUCUUAGAAAAAUAUUUCAUUUGGGAGAGGGAGUUAGUGUUUGGCUCUCUAUACUGGCAUGCUGGAGUACAUAUUGUAGCUCUUUGGAAUUUGAAUAUAGGCUUGGAAGGUAUUAGCUAUUCAUCCUGGGUACUUCGUUCUUUUUACGUGGGUCCGUUAUCUUUAAAUCUGCAAAUUCCUUUGCCACAGUUGCCAGGAGAAGAGCAGAAAGAUUGUACCAGUACGAGCUGGCACAAGGUUCCCUAUGGCUGUCUCUUCAUUUCCUCCUUAGAGCUGAGGGCUGCUUUUCUUUCAGCCUUAAGAUAUGUUUUACGUUUUUACAUCUCUUUUUAAUUACACAAAAAUAACAUGCUCAUAACCGUGGUAAAUAAUACAGAAAUCUAAAAACGAAAAAUGAAAGUUCUGUGGUUUGGUGUGUAUUUUUGGUGGUUUAUUAUUAUUUUUUUUAUACACACAUACACACAGGAAAUUAUUAGUGCGCUGGAGUUAUUUUCUUUCAUUUGUUUUUAAAACAAAAAUGGGAUAAUUUGUGUCAUAUUUUACAACGUGAGCUUUUUUUUUUUAAUUCUGCUUUAGAUGAAGGUUUACAGAGCAAAUUAGUUUCUCAUUAAACAAUUAAUACAUCUAUUGUUUUGUGACAUUGAUGUGUUGUAAUGUGUCAACACUCUCCCCUUCUUGACCUUGGGUUCCCCAUUGCCAGCUUUCCUGUCCUCUCCUGCCUUCUUGUCCUUGUCCCUGGGUUGGUGUGCCCAUGUAGUCUUGUUUUGUUUUAUGGGCUUGUCUAACUUUGGCUGAAGGGUGAACCUCAGGAGUGACUUCAGUACUGAGUUAAAAGGGUGUCCAGGAGCUAUUCUCAUGGGGUUUCUCCAGUCUUUGUCAGACCAGUAAGUCUGGCCUUGUUUUGUGAGUUAUAAUUUUGUUCACCAUUUUUCUCCAGCUCUGUCUGGGACCUUCUAUUGUGAUUCCUGUCAGAGCAGUUGGUGGUGGUAGCUGGGCACCGUCUAGUUGUGCUGGACUUAGUCUGGUGCACUUUUUUUUUUUUAAACCUUAACAAUACAUUGUGGACUUCUUUCCAUGUUUGAGUAUCUAUCUCUAAUUUUCUUAAAAUACCUCCCUGUGUGCUAUUGCUUUAUACCAUAAUUUAUUUAACCACUUCUUCAUAGAUGGACUAAUAUUGUUUCCAAGUUUGUGCCAUUUCACACUGCUAAGGUGAAUAUUGUACUUCUUUGUGCAGUUACGCUAGAUUUCUAGGUGUGUGAUUGGAGACUGUGGGGUUUUAGGGCAUACAGAUUUAACGUUUCCGUUUUCAUCAGUAGGGUAUGCAAGGGCUCCUUUCUCCCACACACAUAAGCAACUUUUCUUCACCUACACCUUCUGCUUAUCCUUGAAGAUGUGCCUUCUGACACUUUGAACAAGGACACCUGGGGAAUGUUUGGAUUUACUUCCUUGAAAACCUUAUAGUCUCAGUUUGCUUAGCUUCUAGUCUCCCUACUGUCUGCAAACCUGGUGCGCUCACCUAGGGCAGAGAGCCUGUGGCUGGAGGAGGGUACAAAUGCCUCCUCAUGUGCUAAGGGAAGUAGUUUGUUGUCCUUGGAAGGUGUUGGACAGGUGGCCUGGAGCUGUCGACUAAUCACUGUAUGGGACACAAGUCUAAUUCUGAGACUGACCAACCAGUCUUCUGCAGGGGUCAUUCCAGAAUUAGGGGAACUUGGAAGUAGCAAAGCAAGCAGUUAGAAGUGCAGACUCUGCAGCCAGACUGCCUAAGUUGAAUCCUAGUUUUACUCUGACUAUCCGUAUAAUCUUGGGCCUAGUUAGUUAACUCAGUUUCUUGAGGAAUAACCAAAACCAAACCCGUUGCCGUCAAGUCAACUCCGACUUACAGCGACCCUAUAGCAUAGAGCAGAACUGUCCCAUAUAGCACCUAGUUUAUAGGAUUAUUAUAAGGGUUAAUUGAGUUAAUACUUAAUAAGCUCUUAGAACGGUGCCUGGCACAUAGUAAAUGUGUGGUAAAUGGUAGCCUUCAUCAUUAUCGUUAUUGUCAGAACUUUGGGGAAGCGGCUUCCCUGUUUCCUGACUGACCCACGAUCUGUUGCCAGUGGAGGAUCUGAAGAAUAUAUUUUGAUUAAUUCCUAGUCCAAAAGACAUAUGUAUCACGUUCCGUAUCAUCGCUUUGGCCAUCAGAUGAGAGGUGUUUUUCCAGCAAUUGUUUUCAAAUAAUAAAGUACGAAAUGGUUUAUUCUUAGAGUGGAUGUAUUAGAAUAUGCACUGUUACUCUUGUUUGCCCAUCUUGUGCUCACUUGCAUGAGGCAAAGAGUGGUGGCAUUACCACCGAUAAGGAAGUGCGCCAUUGUCUCAGGUGUGGGAGUGUUCGGCGUCCAUUCUGACCACAGUGCUAACCACAGUCACAUCUGUCUGCUCUCAGCACACUAUGUACCAUACUGAGGUAUGGGGGCUCCCUGGAGCUUGGCUCCUGCCCCCAUGCUCCAUUUGGCACUUCCUGUUCUGAGGUGAGAAUGAUUUCUGAGGUUUUUUUUUUUUUUAAUAACAGCUUUAUUGAGGUAUAAUUCACAUACCAUAAGACUAAUCAUUUUAAAGGGCACAAUUCAGUGGUUUUUAGUGUAUUCACGAGGUUGUACAGCCAUCAGAAAUUUACCUAAGUCCAGAACAUUUUCAUUACCCCCAAAAGAAAUCCUGUACCCUUUAGCCGUCACUCUGCAUUUCCUCCUUCACCCAAGUCCCUGGCAUCUGCUAAUCUACUUUCUGUCUGUACGAAUUUGCCUAUUCUGGACAUUUCAUAUAAAUAGAGUUAUACACUAGGUGGUCCUACGUGACUGGCUUCUUUCACUCAGUAUAAUGUUUUCAGGGUUCAUCCGUGUAGCAUGUAUUAGUACUUCAUUUGUUUUUAUGGCUGAGUAUUCCAUUGUAUGGAUGUACCACGUUUUAUCUGUUCAUCAGUUGAUGGAUAUUUGACCUGGUUCCACUUCUUAAGCUAUUAUGAAUAAUACCACUGUGAACAUUGGCAUACAAGUUUUUAUGUGGACUUAACGUUUUUACAUUUUUGAGUGUAUACCUAGCAGUGGAAUUGCUGGGUCAUGUUAUGUAUGGUAUCUCAAUGUUUAACCUCUAGAGGAACUGUUAAACUGUUUUGCAAAGUGGCUACACCAUUUUACAUUCCCACCAGUAUUGUAUGAGGGUUUUAAUUUUUCACAUCUUCACCAACACUUGUUAUUGUCUGUCUUUUUAAUUUCAGCCAUCCCUAAGGGAUGUUAAAUAGUAUCUCAUUGAGGUUUUGAUUUGUAUUUCUCUAAUGACUAACGGGAAACUCUGGUGGCAUAGUAGUUAAGUGCUACAGCUGCUAACCAAAAGGUCAUCAGUUUGAAUCCACCAGGUGCUCCUUGGAAACUCUAUGGGGCAGUUCUACUCUGUCCUAUAGGGUUGCUAUGAGUCAGAAUCAGCGCGACGGCAAUGAGUUUUAAUGACUAAUGAUACUGAACAUCUUUUCAUGUGUCUAUUGGCCAUUUGUAUAACUUCUUUGGAGAAGUAUCUAUUUAAUCCUUUGCCCAUUUUUUAAUGGGGUUAUUUGUCUUUUUAUUGUUGAGCUAUAAGAGUUCUUUACAUAUCCUGAAUAUAAGUCCCUUAUUAGAUACGUGAUUUACAAGUAUUUUCUCCCAUUCUGUAGAUUUUUUUUCACUUUCUUGAUGGCAUCCUUUGAGGCACAAACAUAUUUAAUUUUGAUGAAGUCCAAUUUAUCUUUUUUUUUUGUCUUUUGUUGCUUGUGCUUUCGGUGUUUCUUAGUUCUUUUAAGGGCUCUUAAAGCUUAAUAUUAUGUUAAGUCAAGAAUGAACAUUAUUUAGGAUAAGAAUCCUUUUAACUUUUUUAUUAUGUGAAAUUUAAACAUAUAGAAAAAUAAAGAGAAUGAUAUAAUGAAACCCCAUUACGCAUCACCCAAUUCAGCAGUAUAUUGACUCAUGGCCAACCUUGUUUCAAAUCUAUAACCACACUCAACUCCAUUCAUCUCUAGUGACACUAUUCUGCAGGAAGUUCCAGACUUCGUAUCAUGUCAGCCAUAAAUACUGAAGUUUGAAUCUCUAAAAGAUGAUUCUGUCCCUCAGUAGAAUCACCAUACCAUAUCACACCUUACAAAAUUGACAGUUCCUUAAUGUUAUAAAAUAAGAUCUUUUAUGUGAGAGAUCCAGGGGAUGGACCCUCAAAACUGUUGCCCUGAGGUAAUCUUUAAAUGUUAAACCAAAAAUAAUGCCCUGAAGUCGUCUAAUGCAACAACAGUUUAGCUUAACUAGUAAAGAAUGCCUGCCUUGAGCAUUACGCUCUUUUAAGAACCAUCUACACACAUAGGAUCAAACUGACAACAACAACUCAAAAGAUUAGAUAGGAAACUUAGGGGGCAGUGAGUUUAUAUUAAUGGAGGAAGAACAGUUCAGAAAAGGGGGUGAGAAUGGUUGCACAACUUGAAUGUAAUCAGUGUCACUGAGUUGUUCAUGUAGAAACUAUUGAAAUGCUGUAUAUUUUGCUGUGUAUAUUCUCAACAACAAAAGGAUCCAGGGGUGAAAUACUCUUAGAAAAUGCAGCUAAUUAUCACUGUCUUCAGUAACUAACCCUCACUAAAAUUUCCACUAUUAAAAAAAAAAGAAGUUAGCCCCAACAAAAUCCCUCAAUUUUAUGAGUGUCAAAAGCGUCCUUCCAACCCCAGUUUUCUUGUUUUUACUUGAACGGGUCAAGUGGUGAAGUUUUAAUUACGUCAAACAUUUUUUUUCCUCAGAACUUCCUUUGCCAUUUUGUUUCACACACAUAUGCAUUCCCAACCUCUGCCCAGUGUGUAAAGUGAAAGAUUAACUUAUGACUUUUGCCCUCAAUUUCCAGUGUAGAGUGAAUUUUUGGAAAAAUCCUACUCUUAUCUGAGAUUGCACAAAUGUUGGGAAAACGAAGAGACCCCGUCAGCAUAUUUUCCCCUUUUUCAUCUCUCCGGGGGCGUAAGCCGUGUGUCCGUGUUCACUGCUUGGCUGACUAUGCCUGUCCUUAAGGUACAGUAUUGGUGAUGCCGUAGCAGAUGAGCAAUGCUGCUGAGGGAGAAGUGAAACGUAGAAUUUAGAGUCUGAAAGACACCGUAGAGGUAACGAUGCUGUGAACAGGCGUUCAGUAAGAAAGGAGUCUGUGCUACUUGAAGGUGCAGCAGAUUUGCGGUGGCGCAGGCUUCUUAACCAUGGGAGCCUUCAGAGGCUAUGGAGUGCAUGCGUUGUGAAUCCCCAAAAGAGACACUAGAUUUCUUUGACCACAUGGGCCUUUUUUCACAGAAAUGAAGCAGUCUCAGGGCAGUGCCAAUAGAAGAAAUAGAAGGCUCAGAGAGGUUAAACAGUUGGCCCAAGGUAGUAGUAGAUCAGGUGGUAGCAUCUAGGUCUAGCAUGCCGAGCCCUAAUAGAGUCUAAUUUAAAGGAAAUUCUCCCCCUGGACAUCGUUUACUAGGAUUCCAUGGGAAUCCUUUUAGUCAGAAAGCCUAGGUUUAGUCUUUGGUCAUUUUAUGUUUUUUGGCCUUCAGUGUGCUGGCUGGCAAGUGGGGAUAGUGAUACUGGUCUAGCCAUAUCACCAGCUGGAACAACCAGGGUGGAUGUGAAAGAAGUUUGUAAACCUUGAGUGCUGUGCAGGGAUGAUGAUUUAUAACUGGGUCUCUCGCUCUUUAGCUCUACUUUGCAAUAUUGAGCAGAACUGCCCAGCUCUUGGAUCUUGAGCAAAGCAAAAGACCUUGGAGAACCUUUCUUAGAUUGUAUAAAGGAAGAACAGUGGAUACAGGUGCAAAGAUAGUGGCACCUGCUAUUUUUUUUUUUCUGGGUGUGACAGUGGCUGGUGCUGCCUUUUCUUGUUACUGUGAUGGGGGGAUGCUUUCUCAAAGGCACUUUUAGCUUUUUUCCCCUACACUUUAGACACAGUAGCUUCUCUCUGCCCACUUGUUUUGCUCUAGUGCUUUCCUCUCGAUUGGACCCCGGCCCAAUGUAUUUGUUUGUUUUAACAAUAUUUUAUUUUAUUUCUGGUGAAAAUACACAUAGGAAAAUCCAUUCCCGUUCAGCAGUGUCUACACAUAACGAUCAGUGACAUUGAUUACAUUUUUCACAUUGUGUCAAUGCUCUUGUUUAUUUCUGUUCUAAUUGUUUCACUCCCAUUGACUUAAACUCCCUGCUCCUCAACUUUCUCCUCUAUGCUUUAGAAUAGGUGUUGUCCAUUUGGCCUUAAGGAGCCCUGGUGGCGCAAUGGUUAAGUGCUCUGCUGUUAACUGGAAGGUUGGAGGCUCGAACCCACCAGUUGCUCUACAUGAGAAAACACCUGACCAUCUGCUCCUGUAAAGAUUAGUACAGCCUAGGAAACUCUCUAGGGCAGUUCUGCUCUGUCCUGUAGUGUUGUUAUGUGUUGAAGUUGACUUGACAGCUGCACAACAACGUUUGGUCUUAUAUAGUUUUUUAAAAGAACAUAAUACUCAAGGGUGACAGUCUUUACUCAAGAUGUUUUUGAAGCAGGUUUACGUACUGCUGUCGUCCUGUUUGCCUCACUCUUUGUGGCCUGGGAGUACCGGGUUCAGGCUGUGGUCUGUGGUUAAGCAUUAUGUGAUGAAACCGCCUGCAUCUUUUGCAUCUGGUAUGACACCCUCUCCAGUCCUUUAGUCAUCGUGUCACUUGGGGUAUGGAUGUGUGUGUUCCAGAAGUUCCCCCACUCCCUAGAACUCAUGGGAGGUAUAAAGUAUCUUAAUGUUUUCUUCUGGUGUUCUCAACCAUGAAAUCUUAGACCUAGGGUAGAUUUGGUUACCAAAUAGCCUAAAGAGGGAGGAGGCAAUAUUCGAUUUACAUAAGAUCCAGGAAAUGAGGGAAGGCAUGGUGCCAUGGGCUGUGUUUCCAGCUAGACCUUAUGAAGUUUCACAGUUCUUCAUCCAGAAAAAGUCAACUUCCAGGUGUUGGCUAAUGGUGUGAUCCGUUGAAUGGAAGACAGACCCAGGAGCAGCUUCAUCCUAUUCCCCAUAAUAGGAAGAUUACUGUAGGGGUUAGGUUAUGUCCCCAGUCGACCUUGAGGAAGGGGAUUUUGCUUUUGAGAUGAUUCAAGUGCCUUAAAUUCCUCAGCUGAAAAAUUAGAAAUGUAUAGAUAAGACACACAGGAAGUUUCCCAAUCUCUGCAUCAAGCCUUCUGAGCUCGGGGUAAUAUUCAGGUGCUCUCCUGAUGUCCCUUAGCUAUUUGUCAGGUUUCUGUGGUCAGGAAAAUGUCACCAGCACUAAUGUGUCACUAUCUUUUUAGUAUCAAGUCUUCAUCUCUUCAUCCAUGUAACAGUUUUUCUUGAGGGCCUGCUUUGUGCGAGGCAUUGUUUGGUACUGUGAGGGACACAGAAGUGAGAGUUAUGGAUCUCGUUUAUACUUGAGGUGAGGACAUAGGCCUGAGAAUAAGUAACUAAAACAUAAGGUAUGAAGUAAGUCUUUGCCAAGGUUCUGAGCACAUAGGAAGAGUGAGUGGAUUUUCCUGCAGAAUCACAACCAAGACGAUCUCUGUCUAGAUAGCUCAGGUGACUGAUGAUCAGCUUACACCCAGAAGACUGGGAGCUGCUUUCAGGGGUUCAGAGUUGUCGUUAGUUGCUGUCAAGUCGGCCCCCAAUGCGUGGUAACUCCACCUGCAGCGAAGGAAAUCCUGCCUUGCUGUGCGCUUUCCCAGUGAUCGAUUGCUAAUCAGACCAUUGUGAUCCAUAGAGUUUUCACUGACUGAUUUUUGGAAGUAGACUGCCAGGCCUUUCUUCCUAGUCUGCCUUGGUCUGGAAGCGCCGCUGAAGCCUAGUCAGCAUUACAGCAACAUGCAAGCUGGGUGGUGGCUGUGCAUGAGGUGCAUUAGUCAGGAAUCACACCUGGUCUCCUGCAUGGAAGGUGAGAGUUCUACUGCUGAACCACCAACAUCAGAGCUGAGGUUCCUUUGAUAAAACAGCCUUAACGUUAGCUCUUUCCUUGGGUCAGCCACCAUCGUACCUACAUUCCAUAUUCUCUUUAUCUUGCCCGAAAUUUGAAUAUAAGUGAAAAAUGAAAUCAGUUUGGGUGGAGACCUUGAAGCCUCAUUUUUCUUAGUGGGGUUCCCUUUCCCAAGUUACAUCUGGGUGUGUACCAUGUAGUUGUUGUGACUUUCUGUUCAUACUCUGAUUUAGAGAGCAAUUCAAGGGGGGGACAUGAAAUGUGUCUGGAGACAGCUCUGAGCUGUAGCUUGCUGGUUUUCAUGUAAUUCUUGGCUAAUUGCCAGUUUGGUUUGGGUUGAACUGUUUCCAGGGUAGGAAAAGUGACCGUAGCAUUUUGGUACAAAAGAUAAACAAGGCUGCUGUUGUACUUGAUGGAGCUAAAGUUGCAGAUGGUGAGAGCCCAUUAACCAUCGGUGACAGCCGCUGUCAGGGGUGAGCUUCACAGGCCCCUGGACUCUCUGGGGAUGGCAAUAAAAACUGGCCCAUGAAGGUAAUAAAUAUUUGUGGAGUGAUUGAUUGUCAACAACAAAAGGAUUUUCAUGGGGGCUGGAGAGGCAAGAAAGGCAGAAACCUUGGAAAGCCCCUGGAUGAGGGAAGCUAUUGUGAACUGGGUUCAGCUUCUGCUACUUUAAUUUCUCCCUUUUUAAAAGACUAGAGACUCUGGGUGAUACAAAUAGUUAACAUGCUCUUCUGCUAACCAAAAGAUUGGAGGCUCGAGUCCACUCAGAGACACCUCAGAAGAAAGGCUGGUGACCUACUUCCAAAAAAUCAGCCAUUGAAGACCCUAUGGAGUACAGUUCUACUCUGACGUGGGUCACCAUGAGUCAGAAUCAACUCGAUGGCAACUGGUUUAUUUAAAAGACUGAGGCUGUGCCCUUGACAUGGGUACUUCUCUCCACCUUUCCUCAGCACCCCCUUUCCCCCACAGUGGAACAAAAUCAACUCCAGAGUUAUCACAUUUUAGCCCUGAAUAGAAUCAAAUAAGCAAAAACAGGCACAUAAGACACUUAGUGAAACAGGAAUAUCCGUUCUUGAUACUUGUGGGGCUACUGCAGUAAAAGCGUGCUCGUCCAACAAGUGCUUGGUAAGUACACAUGAGUGUAGGGCUUCCACAUUUUAGCUCCAGCCGAUCUUUUCCUUUCCUUCUGCCCCUCUUGGUUCCAUGCUUUCGUCCAUGCUGGGGCCUGCCCCACCCAAAUCUUGCAUGCUGUUUUAAUACUCAUCUCUCGAUAAAACUUUCUUGGCCAUUCUUUCUCUCAUCAGACUCCCCCUUCUUUGAGCCUUUCAUGUACCAGUACCUACUGUUUCUCCUCCUCUUCCACAUUUAUUAUAGAGCACCUUGUUUAUUUCUGUAUUUGCUUGCAUUUUUCCCCAAAACUGGGUAAUUAACUCCUCCAGGGCAAGCCAACUACUACAUUUUUGUCAUCUCCAGGGUACAUCUUGGGUGGAUGGCUGAGACUGUGAAUAUCAGGUCACAAAUGAGAAGGGAAUGGCAAUUAUAAUUAACAUCGAAAUAUUAUCUCCAUGUGUGUUCAAGGUGUUUUGGAGCCACCCAGGCCCAGUUAAGAAGCCGUGUGGCACAAAGGUUAAGCACUUGGCUGCUAACUGAAAGGAUGGCAGUUCAAACCUACCCAGGUACUCCACGGGAGAAGGACCUGGCGAUCUGCUCCUGUAAAGAUUAUAGCCAAGAAAACCCUAUGGGGCAGUUCUACUCUGUCACAUGGGGUUGCUAUGAGUCAGAAUUAACUCAAAGGCACCUACAACAACAGGCCUGGUUGAAUUGCCGGCCCCACUGCCUGCCAGGUGUGUGUCGUUCACUGAAGCUCGUUUUUCAUCUGUAAAAUAGGAGGUAUCAACAUAUGUCCUAGUCUUCCCUCUGUGAAAUGUAUCAUUUGAUGUUUGGCAAGUGAUUAAAUGCUUUAGUUCAGGGCUGUUUGCCCAGCUAUCUUCCUUGGAAGACUCAGUGAUAAGAAAGCAACCACGGAUUUUUAUGGAUACAUUGUAGAAGAAAGAAGCCCUGUGACUUGUAUUGCUUUGUGUCCUGCCCAGAAGCAGGGAGAGGAGCCUGUUUUCCUGCUUAGGUAGACCUGUCACAUGCCUGCAUUUGUCUAGCCCCAGGACACAGAUAAGCCAGCAUUCUUGGUUUCUGACAACUGAGCAAUCGUUAGCAUCAGAUGCCUUUCAACUUGGCAAAGUUCUGCAAAUCAUCAUCUGGGUUUGGAAGUCUUCCCAUGGCAUUCCCCAAAAUAAUUAUUCUUGGAUCCUUUUAUUGAUGCCCAGCCUCGUGUUCCUGACACGAGGACGUCUCAGUUUGUCUUUAUUGUCGCAUACACAUUGGUUUGGGGAUCGAAUUAGUAUUCCCUUUUUUUUCUGGAGUCAGAACUCUAAUGCAUUUAAUUAAAUUGAAAUACAUUUGUGCCCAGACCCGAGAAAGGUCUCUUACUCAGAUAUUCUGUCUGCCUAUCAGCCUCUACUCAAAACUCCUGGAAGUAAAAUGGCCCAGGUAGCUCCUACCCUAGGAGCCUGGCAGUUGCUGACCUGUUCUGAGAAGGCCCUCUUUAUUCAGAUCUCUUGAUUGUGUAAUUAGAUACCCCUGCCCGUCAGCUCUGGUCUCCUUGGGCCUCAGUCAGCCUGAUGACAUGGGUGGGUGUGGGAACAGUUCACCAGGUGCCUGAGAUCAAGGUAUGGAAAGAUCUGUUCUCCUUGUUCCUUGUGUGCAGGGAACAGAUGAGGACUUUUGGGCUUUCCCAGUCAUUUACCUCACAGAACUCUGUCCUCUGAAGUGGGUCAAAACCGGAGUCCUGGGGCCAAAGGGCCCUGACUCCACACUCUAGGACACCACCAUCAGGUCAAGUGUAAGUGGCAAAGUUCUUUUAAACAGGAUUCUGAAGCACUGACCAGGGACAUGUAUGUCUGUUCAAUAUUCAGCUGACCCUCAAUUGUUUUUUGAUGUUUGUUUUUCCCCUCUUAUAACUUCUGGUCUGAUAUCCUGACCAGAAGGAAUCCCUGGGUGAUGCAAAUGGUUAACACGCUCAGCUGCUAAGCCAAAGGUUGGAGGUUUGAGUCCACACAGAGGCACGUCGAAAGAUAAUCUCUAGACCUUGGUGACCUACUUCCAAAAAAUCAGCCAGUGAAAAUCCUAUAGAGCAGAGUUGUACUCUGAUAUAAGUUGGAUCAACUUGACAGCAACUGUGUUUUUUUGGUAUUACAUUAAAAGCCUUCGGAGCCAGAGACUUCUUUCAAAUCCUUCUCUCCCAUCCAUAGCUCUGUGACCCUAGACACAUUGCAUAACCUCCAUAAGCCUCAACUUCUGCAACAGAAAAUAGUGACAGUUAUGCCUACACCAUAGAAUUGUUGUACCAUUAAAUGAGAUGCUGAUUAUAUGGAGUUUCUAGCUCAGUCUGGCUCAUUAUUAGUGCUGAACAGGUAUCUGUCUCCCGGACUCCCAUCCCAGAAUGUAAUGACUAUAAAUGCAUAGACUGCCUAGGAAAAUGUUGCCAAAAGAUACUUAAAUAAAUUAACUAGAGUGAAAGAAUGUGAAUUCCACUCUAGCCAUGAACAUAUAUGCUGUUGUAGUCUGUCUUCUUAAAUAAUAAGUUAAUCAGAACCCAAAGGGUGAUAUUUUCAGCAUUACCAUCUUAGGGGGUGCUCUGAAUUUGGGAGAAGGGGGCUAGGUCAGUGGAAGGAUGUCUCAGACACUGUUUGGGACCAUAAACAGUUGUUAAUCUGUAACAUUUUGGUAACAUAAUCCUGCUUGAUUCUAGUGUAGUAUGAUGCUUCCUUUUUUUUUUAAUUGGUGAAUUCAGCAUUGAAUUUAAUUCUACAUUGGCAGGCAGGUGGCUAAAAUUAUCUGAAGAAGAAUUUGAUCUCUCUCCGGCCCCCAGUAUGUGAGCAUGGGUCACUUAACAUAAGAACCCCUUUUUCAGGCUUUCAGAAAUUGCUAACAAUCGCUUUGCCUCUGAAAUCCCGAAACUACAUUUGUUACUAGGUUGUGGUAACAUAUGCAGGGCAUGACAAAGGUGAACUCACUUUCCUGGGAAUGAGAUGUGGUUUUUGUUUGCCACCUCAGCCUCCUUUUCUCCUCCCUCCCCACCUGUCUUAGUCAUCUAGUGCUGCUGUAACAGAAAUACCACAAGUGGAUGGCUUUAACAAAGAGAGACUGGUUUUCUCACAGUCUGAGAGGGUAGAAGUCCAAAUUCAGGGCACCAGCUCCAGGGAAAGGCGUUCUCUCUGUGUUGGCUCUGGAGGAAGGUCCUUGUCAUCAAUCUUCCCCUGGACUAGGAGCUUCUCUGAGAAGGAACCCUGGGUCCAAAGCAUCUGCUCUGCCCCUGCUGCUUUCUUGGUGAGAUGAGGUUACUCUCUGCUUGCUUCCCUUUCACCUCUUGUAAGAUAAAAGGUGGUACAGGCCACACUCCAGGCAAACUCCCCUUACAUUGGAUCAGGGAUGUGACCUUAGUAAGGGUGUUAAAAUCCCACCCUAAUCAUAAAAUUGCAAUCACAAAAUGGAGGACAACCACACAAUAUGGGAAAUCAUGGACUAACUUAAGUUGACAGAUUUUGGGGGGGACACAGUUCAGUCCAUGACAACACCAAAUCUCAGUGCUCAGUGGACAUUAGUUAGCAAGGGGAAGUAGGUUAGUGAGAAAGAAGUCAUUAUCAGCAAGUGCUUUUCGAGAGUAUAUGAUAUGAUGCUAGCUGUGAUGGAGUCCUCACACUUUGAGUUAGGUGCUGCCUUGCAUGCAGGAAUUUAUAAUCUUGUAAGAAGAUAAAGCAGACAAAUGCUGAUUAGAAACACUGUUUUGGGUGGUGUUGUUAGGUGCUGUUGAGUUGAUUUUGACUCAUAGGGACCCCAUGACCCCAUGUGACAAGAGUAGAACCGCCUCAUAGGGUUUCCUAGACUUUAUAGGAGCAGAUUGCCAGGCCUUUCUCCCAUGGAGCCACUAGGUGGGUUCAAACCCUCAGCCUUUUGGUUAGCAGCUGAACACUUAACCGUUGCACCACCAGGGCUCCUUGAGUGAAAAAAAGCAAACCCAUUGCUAGCUGUCCAGUCAAUUCAGACUGAUAGUGACCCUGUAGGACAGAGUAGAACUGCCCCAUAGGGUUUCCAAGGAGCAGCUGGUGGAUUCAAACUGCCAACCUUUUGGAUAGCAGCCAAGGUCUUUAAACCAUCGCAUCACCAGGGCUGCACAACAGGAUGAUUCGUUAGAGGGAAAUCAGAAGGUUUAUAAUGCAAUUUUGAUAAUUUAGUUUCAACUUUUACCAGUUUUUUUCCCCUAAUAAUUUUGUUGCAGUCCCCACUUCUUAAGAGAUCAUUGCUGGUAAAUGUUUAUAAAAGUGGAACAUUCCCAUAACCCAUCAGAGCAAGGGCUUUGGGUAUUUUGGUCAUGAUGCUAUCCCCAAUGCCUAGAACAGUGCCUGGGACACUGUAGGGGUUUCAUAGGUGAGGAAUGAAUGAAUGAAUGCGUGUUUAGGCCAUGACACUCUCCAGAGAACUGCAGGUGCCAGGCAGUGCUGUUUGGUAGGUUUAGACCAGAGUUGCCCAUGUGGGCUGGAAAGAGAGGGCCUAAGGAUGCUCUUUGCUGCCAGUUUGAGUCUCACAGUUAAUAAUGCUGCAUGUGCUUUGUGAUGGCCAGUGGUUGCCAGGGAGCCAGGGAAAUGACAGGAGGGGAAAGCCCCUCAUUACUCUUCCCUGGGCAUCUGUGCCUUGGUGUCCAGAUCUGCCUGGGUGACAUUUUGGCCUAUUUGUGGGGGCGGUAGCAAGGUGUGCGAUAGGUGAUGUGGCCAUGUCUUGAGAGUACAUUUUUGCUGAAGAAUGCUUGCCCGUCCCCAAACACCUGCAGCAGCAGAAGCCACUGCUCUGUGCACGUCACCCCUCUUCUCCAGCAUAGCAUUGAGGCCGUGAGCCUCGAGGAAAUGGCUCAGCUGCCUUGGCACAUUCAUUUCCUUGUAAGGAAAGUCAGUGUGACCUUGACCGUCAGUGGGGGACCUGCAGCAAGCACAUUGUGUCUGGCUGGGUUUACUUAUGAUUGGAAAGUACUUUUGGUAACUCACAGUGCUGUAAAUGCUGUGCACUGUUAAUUUAUUGCCCUAGAUGGACAUUAUGGGCACUAAUUUGCAAGAAUCAUUUCUUACUUACCUGGGUCAUGCCCAGCACAGUGCCACUCCCAUGGAGUCCUUUGAUAAAUACCAUAGAAGGAAAAUUGUUGCAGAAAAUAAAUUGGGGAUACAUUAUUGUCUCUGAGUUGUAGAAAAAGAUAACUAAUUAAUUUGCAGCCUAAGAAAAUAUUAGAAAGUCACUCUGGAUUUAUAAAGUACCUCUGAAGAUCGAGCUCCCAAGAGCCAUUUCUGCAAAUACAAAUCCAAACAUGGACCUUUUGUCCUUUGCUAGUGUUAUCUUUGGUGGAGCAUUCAGGCCUGGGGAGGGCUGCUGUGACCUGCGGUUAAGCGAGGGUGGCCAGAGGAGAGCUGGCUUCCACAAUUGACUAGGAAUAGUCAGAUGAGGAUGCCAGCCCCAAGACCUUGGCCUCUGGUGCAAAGCUUGCUGUGGAGAACCAUUUUCAUCAUAUGCUGAACUUGGAGAAGAAAGCACAACCAACCUUAAGGCGGUGAACUUCUCAGAAGCAAGGCCCAUUACUGUCGAGUCCAUUCCGAAUCAUAUCAAUCCUGUAAGACAGAGUAGAACUGCCCCAUAGGGUUUCCAAGGCUGUAUAUCCUUACAGAAGCAGACUGCCACAUCUUUCUCCUGUGGAGUGGCUGGUGGGUUCGAACCACCAUCCUUUCAGUUAGCAGCUGAGCGCUUUAACCAGUGCACCUCCAGGGCUCCUUCAGAAGCAAGAGUUGGUUUAAAUAUAGAUGAUCUGCUUUACUGGCAACUUGGAGGCAGUGGUGGGACUUGUUGUACCCUUUGUAAGACAAGUGAGGAAAGAUGUUGGCACCUGUACAUGCGCAGUGUGUUUAUGAAAUACAAACUCUCCUGUGGAAGCAAGGGCUCAUGAGGUCAGCGUACAAGGUAGCACGUCCUACCUUCACUGGGGGAAAGGUGCCUCUCCAGGUCUUCUCUGCGAAUUGCCCUGAUCCCUAGAGAAAGGUGGGAUAGCCAGGCCGAAUGAACUGUUAUUUAUUGAGCACUGACUGGCACAUUUUCCUCAAGGGGGUAGAAAAGUUUUCGUGCAAAUGACAGUUACUGGACUUGAUUUUCUUUCCCAAGGAGGAGAAACAAUACCUCAGAAUCUGGAGAGUCCAGUCUUAAAAGAAACGGAAGCUCUUUUCAGCCCUAGAGACUUGAUUUAUGUACCUGCCAGCUUGCUAAGAGCUGAGGGGAGCCCGUGGUAGCGCAUAGCAGCCCCUGCCCUUCUGCCCUCGCAGGCUAGAGCUCCGGUGGGCCCAGGGCUGGCAGUGUGAGUUUGCCGCACAUCCUCCUCAGUACUCCGCGGCAGCUGUCUGAAGUUUUUUCUGCUGUGCCUGAAACUGAUGUCAUUUCCCCCUUGGCAAACAGCUUCUUCGGCUCUGCUGCGUCUGAGAUAUGUCACGAGAAGGUGGGGGUGGGUCAGAGCCAGGCGGGGGGGAGUAGUGAGGAGAGCAGGAGGGCCAGUGCCUGCUUGGUCCCAGGACUCUGUUUACUUUCUCGUCUUUGCAAAGGAAGGCCGGUUAGCAGGAACUGCUGAGCACACCAGCCUCCUGCCUGGCGAAAUGCUCAUUAGCUGACCUUAACUUUUUAAGGCCCUUUGUUCCAAACGUUAGUGUGGCGAUGCUCUUGCAGGAUGCCUUUCCUUUUGGGUCUUAGACAGGAUAAGGAAACCUGUGUGGGUACCAACAAUCAAAGCUACAUCUGUGACACAGGACACUGCUGUGGACAGUCUCAGUGCUGCAACUACUACUAUGAACUCUGGUGGUUCUGGUUGGUCUGGACCAUCAUCAUCAUCCUGAGCUGCUGCUGCGUCUGCCACCACCGCAGAGCCAAGCACCGCCUUCAGGCCCAGCAGCGGCAACAUGAAAUCAACCUGAUCGCCUACCGGGAAGCCCACAAUUACUCAGCGCUGCCAUUUUAUUUCAGGUUUUUGCCAAACUAUUUACUACCUCCUUAUGAGGAAGUGGUGAACCGACCUCCAACUCCUCCCCCACCGUACAGUGCCUUCCAGCUACAGCAGCAGCAGCUGCCUCCACAGAGCAGCCCUGCAGGCGGCAGUCCCCCGGGCGCCAACCCCACCAGGGGCCCCCAGGGGACGCAGAGCAGCCCCUUGUCUGGGCCCAGCAGAAGCAGCACGAGACCCCCAAGCAUCGCCGACCCCGAGCCCUCUGACAGGCCAGCCGACAGAGCAGCCACCAAAGCCCCUGGAAUGGAGCCCAGUGGCUCUGAGGCUGGCCUGGGGGAGCUGGACCCAGGCUCCUUCCCGGACAAGGAUUCAGAAUGUAAGGAGGAGCUGCUGAGAGAGUACAGCUCUGAGCAUGACAGUGCCCUCCCCGACAACAAAGACAAGACUCCUGGCAGACAUCGGCGCUUCACAGGUGACUCGGGUAUUGAGGUGUGUGUUUGCAACCGGGGCCAUGAUGACGACCUCAAAGAGUUCAACACGCUCAUUGAUGAUGCUCUGGAUGGGUCCCUGGACUUCUGUGACAGCUGCCACGUGCGGCCCGCUGGCGACGAGGAGGAAGGGCUGUACCAACCCUCCGAGGAGCAGGCCCGAGAGCCUGGGCACCCCCACCUGCCGCGGCCACCCGCCUGCCUGCUGCUGAACACCAUCAAUGAACAGGACUCCCCCAACUCCCAGAACAGCAGCACCCCCAGCUAGAGCAGGCCCUGCCGCAACUGAGAACUUGGCAGAGCAACCAGUGGAGGGGAGAACCACGAGAGAAGCAUUAAUGACUUUCAGAGAAGGUGGUGUAGCCACUUUCUUCUUUUUUUUCCCCCUCCUACAUUUUCCUACAUCUCCAGGUACAGUUUGGGGUGUGGAUACCUUUCCCCCACAAAAGCACAGUGUUGUGGAGGGCUGAGAAGUUGGUUCUGUGACUCAUUCCUCACACCCCGCCCCCACCCCUGUUUUCCCCCUUUCAAGUCCUUUCUCGCCAACCUGCUUGGGUCAGAGAAAUGUACGUUUUAAAAACCCCCAAGGAAGGGGGCUGGGACUGUGCCCUGAGAUGAUCCUUGGUGGUGGAGUGGAUUCUCUGGUUUUAGUGUAAGAGAACCUUGCUGUGUCUCAGUCCAGGAGAGGAAACAGGUCUCAGCCACCCACAGAGGCCCAGGGAUGCCAGUGUUUGCGUAGCGAGAUGUGGAUUAAUCCUCUGGGAGGUUGGUGUCCGAUGGACACUUGCGUGGUAGGUUUGUAGGGGGCUCAUUGAUCUGUCACAUGCCUGGCUGGCUGCAGACUGGUUCAGGCAUGAAGGGUUAUACUGCGUUCUCUUUGGUUUUUCUUUUAAAAGCAAACAACAAAAGCGAGCUAAAAACAAGAACCUUCCCAACGGACAGGCAAGAAUUCUAUUCUGGAAAAGAGAAGUUUGGACUCUUUCCCAAGUUGCCUUCAAAGAGCCUGGCUACAGUUGAGCCAGAAGGAGAGGUUUUGUGUGAAGGCCUGGGUGGGGGCGAUCUUUGGAACUUCUGUGGGUGAGCAGGAGGCCCCAACCCAUGGUGGUAGAUGGAGGUGUGGCUUCUGCAUCUCUGCCCUUUUGUCUCUGCCCACAGGUGACCAGGGCUCUCCCUCAUCCCAAGCACACAGGCCUUCACUUCUCACUGUUGUGAACAAAUGGACUGAGGAAGCUGUGGGCAGCCCAAUAGUCUGGCUCUCACACAGUAUUUUCUCUUUGAUUUUGAAUGUGUUUUUUGUUGUUUUGUUUUUGUUGUUUCUUUUUUUUUUUUAAACUGACCACUUGAAAGAAAUACCUUGGUUAUCUGUGGUUGUUAUACUCCUCCCCCCUUUUUUUCGAAUGGGAUGACUCAUUUUUCUGUAGCCUAUGUAAAGCGUCUAAGUGGCCUAUGUAGGAGGGUGAAGGCAGCCGUCCUGAAGGACCACAGGAUCCUUAUUACUGUAGUUUGGCCUCAGAUAACCAGUUGAGUUUUGAUAGGAUAAUUUGAAUGGAGAGUGCAAACAGCCAAAACUAACAUUCCCCUUCCAGUGCUGUUGAUACAAAGAGUUUGGUUCUUCCUCAACUCUUGAACGGUGAUAUUCUGACUAGGCAUUGACGUUAUGGUAAGAAAGGGAAAAAUAUAUAUAGAGAGAGAGAGACAAAUCCAAGGCUGUGAGGCAAACAAGUAUCUGCGUUUGGAUUCCACAAAACCAAAAUCCACAUUGAACAAAGUGAAGUCCAAAUAGUGACUUUUUGGAUGACCUGUGUAUGUGUCCCUUGUGUGUGAGCCCCAAGUUGUGUGUUCCUGUGAAUAUACCUUGAAGCAGCCAUUCUUCUCGUGUUAACCACAACACUUGGAGCAAAUAUGGCCCUCUCAAGGUAACUUAUUUUAUGCAUUUACUGUUUACUGAGCAAAUGUCUGACUGUGUACUCGGGUGUAUUCAGCAGCAUUGUCAACGGCAGUCCCCUGUGUUUGCCAGAGAUACUGUGCUCUAGGUAGAGGUUUUACUCUACCCAUCACUGCACUUUGCACAUUGCUCCGUGGGCGCUCAGAGGCCUGUGUUCUGUCCCCUGUAAGUGGAAACAUGCUCUGAACAUGUCUGCCUCCCUCGGCUGUUUCUGGCCCUCAGUACCAGCCCCCUGGGUGGUGUCCACAACCACUUGGGACAGAAGGUGAAAGUGGAAUUUCAGACAGAAGCUUGGUUGGAUCUUCAGUGACAAGCUUGGACUAGCUGCUGCCCAGACGUCAGCCCUGCCCAGAAUUGCCAGGAAGGUUUGGCAGUUCACAGUGCCACAAGGCUUACCUCCCUCCGCCGAGGUUCAAGGCGCGCAAGCUGCUGUGUGGCCAGAGUGCAUCAGCAGUCCUCAGAUGCCUUUCCUUCCACUUUGUUUUUUUAAAUCCCAAACACCUCACUGAAGUGUCUCGAAGGAGCACAAGUUUUACCAAAAUGAAUCCUUCUUCAGUUAACUGAUCAGGUGGAUGAAUUCUGGCCUUCUUGAAGUUUCCUCCCCCAGUUUGAAUGGGGGACUGGCCUGAGUGCUAACUGUUGUGUUCACUGCAGCAUCCUACCCUAAAGGCACGAGAAGAAGAAAAUGCAACUGGUAGAACUGGGCUUCGUUCCAGCGAUCGCAGUCUGGCCCCAGCCACGGAGGCUACCUUGCUUGGAGGGAGAUGAAGCAGAGAGUCGACAGAAUGGUUAGGGGCCAAGGAGGUUGGAUUGUGGCUGGUUUUCCAGGUGGAUGAGAAGGAAAGGAUCGGUGGAGGGUUUGGUGCUACAGUCAGAAAAUUUGCAAAUGCAAACACAUUCCUGUGUGAGGCACAUCACCAUUUGUCAGUUAUUGUGAAUAUGUGUAUUUUAAGCAAUAAGAUUCAGCUGGUCAGACUUUUCUGGGCAGUCUCAGUGACGCAUUUACUGUUCUGUGAUUGUUCCGAAGACAGAGUGGCUCUAACCACUGUGAGAAGCCCAAAUAAAAAUCAAUCCCAAAAAUCCUACUUUUUUUUUUUU